UUUCUACACUAUAUUGAUAUGAAUGAAAUUAAUAAGCAAGUUCUUGAAACGAAUAAACACUAUGACGAUUUAAAAUUAUUAAUUGAUCAAUUUUCAGACGACAUAAAUCGUAUCACACUUCUAAAUACUUGUAACAGUUUAAAUUAUGAGCUAAAGUUAGUAAAUUAUAAAAUUCGUUCAUUAAUGCCAAAUCUAAGAACUAAACGAGGUUUAAUAAAUCCUCUAGGCUCGUUAGUAAAAUUUAUUUCAGGAAAUCUUGAUCAACAGGAUGCCGAAGAAAUACAUAAUCACUUAAAAGAGUUAGAAAAUAAUGAAAAUAAGAUUAUCAAUAAAUUUAAUAAUCAUUUGUCUCUUUCUAAAAUAUCUAUGCGUAAUAUGAAUAAAACAAUGACAGUUUUAAUUGAUAACCAAAACGCAAUUAAAUAUAAAGUCGAAGAAAUAAGAAAUACUUUAAACGGUACUCUAUUUCAUUUUUAUCAUACAUUGGAAAUAAAUAGUAUAUCUGGACAAAUAAAGAAUAACCUUGACAUCUUAAUGAACUUUCUUACAAAUUUAGAAACUUCUAUAAGUUUUUCUAAUUUAAAGAUUAUGCAUUCGAGUUUAAUAACUCAUGAAGAAUUAAAAGAACUUUUAUAUAAUAUGUCAAAUAUUUAUAAUGAAGAACAAUUACCUUUUAAAAAUAAAGAUUUCUUAGAUUAUUAUAAAGUGGUAGAAACAAAUACAUUCUUUUACGAAAAUAAAAUAAUAUUUUCGCUAAAUUUUCCAUUGAUACAUCCACAUCCUUUAGAAUAUUAUCAUUUAUAUUCUAUUCCUAAUGUUAAUCAAACAAUAAUUAUCCCACCUUCAAAUUACCUUAUCCUGGGAAAACAUGAGUAUCAAUACGACACUGAAGAAUGUAUGAAGACCAGUACAAAGUAUUUUUGCCAAAGAAGUCAUCUCCUACCACUACCUCAAAGUGAAGAUUGCGUUACGUCAAUGCUAUCCACUACGAAGAAUACACAAACUUGUAAUCAAAUAUCUAUCAAUAUGAAGAAUAACAUCAUAGAAGAAGUAGAUCAAAUGCAUUAUAUUGCAGUAUUUCCAAAAGAAGAAAAAAUAACUACUAUAUGUGAAGAAAAACAAGUAAUGGCCCUGAAAGGAACACACCCUGUAUUGAUUUCUGGAAUACAGACAUUGACAAAUAUAAAUGUUAUUCCAAUCAAGAAAUUAAAUAUUGAAAAAGUACCCUUGGAUAAAAUGCAUUUAAUUCAAUUAGAAGAAGAAAACCCAAUGGAAAACUUCUACAUUCAUUCCCAUGCAGUGAAUUGGACACUUUGGAGCAUCUUCUUCAUUCUAAUUAUUUUUGCAACUUCUUAUUUCAUUUUUAGAAAAAGAAAACUUCAACCGAAGCCCGUUCCCCAUCCAAGGAUGAUUAACGAAACUCAAGUUAGUCCACCCUAGAGUUUCUUCUUCGCAGGGAGGAGUUAUGUAUCCAGCCUUCAUUGUUCAAUAAUGCUGAUGCAAGAUACCCUUUAAUUAUAAAUAGCGAAGACAGGACUUCGAACGACGGAUUGAUCUAUCGACAGCAGUGCAGAACGAAUCUCUGCCCGUCACCAUAUCAAUUUUUUCUAUUGUUAAUUAAAUAAGUUAAAAAUAAAUAAAUCUUUGGUUUUCUGAGUUAGAAUUAUUUUU